GUGCGGGCAGGCGGAAGGAGCUGGGUUGAACUUGAGAACGGCUCACGAGAGGAGAAGGAGGACAGGACAUGAUGCUGCUGCAGUAACCGACAUCGUUGUUAAAACAUCGCAGCAACCAGCGUAGCAACCAGAGUGUCAAGAAUGGAGCUGAUGAUAGUUAUCCUCCUGCUAACUCUAGCCCAGUCUGCAGAGAGUGGAGGAAAACCAGCUAAGAAAGUCAAGAAGGGAAAGCAAGUCAUAUGUCCUUCACAGCUGUCUGCAGAGGAGAUUGCUCAGGUACCAGCCAACUCCACCAGCAACAUCCUCAACAGGCUGAUGGUGACAUAUGACUCUCGCAUACGACCCAACUUUAAAGGUGUUCCGGUGGAAGACAAGAUUAAUAUGUUUAUCAACAGUUUUGGCUCCAUCCAGGAAACCAACAUGGACUACCGUGUGAACAUCUUCCUGCGUCAGCGGUGGAACGACCCGAGGCUGAAGCUCCCGGCAGACUUCAAAGGAGAAGCGCUGACGGUGGACCCCAAGAUAUUCCAGUGUCUAUGGAAACCAGACCUGUUCUUCGCCAACGAGAAACAUGCCAACUUCCAUGACGUCACGCAAGACAACAUCCUGUUAUUUAUCUUCAGGAAUGGAGACAUUCUCAUCAGCAUGAGGUUGUCAGUGACCCUGUCCUGCCCUCUGGACCUCACUCUGUUCCCCAUGGACACACAGCUCUGCAAGAUGCAACUGGAGAGCUUUGGCUACACCACCAGUGAUCUGGUCUUCAUGUGGAUGACAGACCCAGUCCAGAUGGAUGAAAUCGCUCUUCCUCAGUUUGACAUUAAACAGCAAGAGAUACAGUACGGAAACUGCACCAAAUUCUAUCAAGGAACAGGUUACUACACCUGUGUGGAGGUGAUCUUUACAUUAAGGAGACAGGUGGGCUUCUACAUGAUGGGAGUCUACGCCCCCACCCUUCUCAUCGUGGUUCUCUCCUGGCUGUCCUUCUGGAUCAACCCUGACGCCAGCGCUGCCAGGGUUCCUCUGGGUAUCCUGUCUGUCCUGUCCCUGUCCAGUGAGUCCAUGUCUCUGGCGUCAGCGCUUCCUAAAGUCUCCUAUGUGAAGGCGAUAGACAUCUGGCUCAUCGCAUGUCUGCUGUUCGGCUUUGCUUCACUGGUGGAGUACGCAGUGGUGCAGGUCAUGUUAAACAGUCCUAGGCGUAUAGAGGAGGAGAAGUCUAAGAUGGCAUCUAAAGAGAAGGCUCUGAGAGAGAAAGAGGGGAAGAAGACUCCUUCUAAAACUAACACUGUCAAUGGGACCGGAGGAACGCCCAUUCAUCACGUUAGCACUCUGCAGGUGGUGGAGACCCGCUGUAAGAAGGUGUGUACAUCUAAGUCAGACCUCCGCUCUAAUGACUUCAGCAUCGUGGGAUCUCUCCCCAGAGACUUUGAGCUUUCUAACUUUGACUGCUAUGGCAAGCCCAUUGAGGUUACCGGGGCAACCGGCAAAUCACAGGCCAAGAACAACAAGAAAGCCCCGCCCCCUAAACCUGUCAUCCCCGCUGCAGCCAAACGCAUCGACCUGUACGCACGUGCUCUGUUCCCCUUCAGUUUCCUCUUCUUCAACGUCAUAUACUGGUCUGUCUACUUGUAGGGAGGGAAGGUGUGUGUUAAUAUCUGAGAAUGGCAGUGGGUAUUCCCAUUUUUUAUAUUUACAUCCUUUACUACUUUAUCUUGACCUGUAAUCCUUGACCUCUAACCCCUGACCCCUUGCCAAUGAACCCCAAUCCUACAUUUAAGAGGCUGGUUUCCCCGACUCGGAUAAGGCCCAGUCCUGGACUGCUCUCUCAAUAGAUAAAGUCCAUUGGACUUAAUCCAAGAAAAGGCUUCAUCUGUGUCCAGGGAACCAACAUGUAGAAGUGAUCUUAGAUUAGAACUCAUUCUAUACGGCCCGGCUUUUGCAAUGUAGUAACCGGCCAGAGACAGACAGGCAGACAGGCAGACAGACAGACAGGCAGACACGCAGACAGGCAGACACACAGACAGGCAACCAGGCAGACAGGCAGACAGACAGACA